AACAAAGUUUCCUCCUCGCAAAUGGCAACUUCCGCGUGCAUGCGCGUGCGGGAGCCGACAGAAAGGUAAUCAGAGAGAACAGCCGUUAUCAGUAAUGGUGCCUGCGACGUCCUGUGUCGUCUCUGUUCUUUUGCUUUCGUCCAUUGUUUUUGCAGACAGCGAUGACGACGACAUGCCCCGUGGCCUGAGAAACCCAACUGAUUGUGAAGUAUGCAAAUACUUAGCAGUUGAACUGCAGGGAAGACUGGAUGAAACAGGAAAAGUACGAGGAGUGAUUGAAACAGGUCAUGGCCUUGAUACAAAGUUUAAAAAAAAGAAAGAGUACAAAAAGUCAGAACUGCGCCUUAUUGAAGUGGUGCAUGAGCCACAUGUCUGCGAUCGAAUACUGGAAUACAAUGUGCAUGCUGAGCGUGAGAAGAGUCUUCGCUAUGCAAAGGGUCAAAGUGAAACCAUGUCAACACUCCACAAUCUGGUAAACAAAGGAGUUAAAGUUGAACUUGGGAUUCCUUAUGAACUAUGGGACCAACCCUCAGUUGAAAUCACUAAUAUGCAGCGCAUGUGCUUUAAACUGGUGGAGAACUAUGAAGAUGACAUUGAGGAAUGGUAUUAUGGACCACAAGACCAGCCUCUCAUUGAGUAUCUUUGUCGCGACAGGAUUCUCCACCACACAAAUACAGAAUGUUUGUCUGAAAAAUUUGACCCAAAUAAGAAGUCUGAUGAUGAGAAAGACUCUUCAAAUGGAACACAUGAAAAACCUGAGGAGAAAGGCGACACAGGUAUGCCUGCUUCUGGAUUGCCACCCCAUGCAUCAACAGAACAAGAUAUGCCACCUCCUCCCAGUCCGUCUGUUGAGAGUAAUGGCAAAGAGGAACUGUGAAGAGUUACAUUGUUUUAUUUCAGUUUGUGUGGAUCAUUCCAUCAGCAAUGUCCCUCAACUGUAGUAUUUUUGGAAAAAGUUUUAUCUCCCUUUGUCCUCCCCAUCUCCAAGGUGUGCCAUUGCUCAAAAAUGACAUUUUUUAAUAAAGUAUUUCAAUUUUGCUGGGGACUAACUGAAAGGUCAAUAGAAAAAAAAUUUUCUCCUCUGGAAUAAGUGAUUUUUAAUACCUUCUGGUUUAUAUGCCCUUUUUGGAAGUAGAUCACAGUUUGUGUAGUACAUCUGAGCUAUCUGCUUAAUCAGGGUAAGUAAAAUGUGGCAGGAUGAGAAAAUUGGGACUUCAACCUUCAUGGCAACUUUUUAGCAGAAUUGUUAUAUAUUCUUGCCCCACCAAUUUGAUCAGGAAUGACUGUACUUUUGUGGGCAAAAAAAUUGGCUCUGAUUAACAUAUAGUUUCACGACCAUCCUGUGAAGUGUUGCAGAUGUUGGGCAAUGCUCAUGAAUUAAGCACAAGAGUUAGGGUUAAGUACAAACUCUUUUGAAAUUUCUUUUCAUAGUUCAGAAACUAACAUUUAUUUUGUGAAUGUGCAGUGCUCUCAUCAACCUUCCCUGAUCUAAUCCUGUUAUCUUGUCCGUUAUCCAUUUCAUCAAGCUUCCAUCACAUCUUGCUGCAAGCUCUUUUUCCGUUGCCUCAGAACACAGUUGACUUAAUGGAGAGCACCUUCGAGUGUCUAUUGUGAAAGUGGGUGUAAGGUGUUUUUGGAGAUGUGUUACAUUACGGUCCCUAACCAUAUAACCCUGCCAUGUAUGUGCAUAAAUGUGUUGGACAAAUGUGGAAAGUAUUUAGUUCAUGACACGUUUCCCUUUGUCUUUAAUGUAAAAUUGUGGCCUGCCACUAGUCAUCCCUGGUUUUCAAUUGGGAGGUACAUCCCAAAUGCCUCUUCAGGUUAUUCCCUUUGUGAUUUGUAUCUGACUGCAUUGCCAACAUGUGUUUAUGCUUGCAAAAUAUACUUUCAAGUACAUUCUUAAAA